GGGAAUUUUUACUUGUAUUAAAUGUCAGGAAUUUUGAAAAACUGAGUUGAAAUGUAUUUGGCUAAGGUGUAUGUAAAAUUCCGACUUCAACUGUAUAUACUGUAAGACAUGUAAACAUUAUGUAGUAGAUAGAGCAUGAAAAUAUUUGGCACUCAAAUGUUCCUUCAACUUGUUCUAUUCAGAUACCAAAGAUUGAUCAAAGGUUGGCAUGAUUGGCAUUCCCAAGAGGAAUAUCAUCUGUUUGCUGUGGAUCACACACAGGCCUAGGCAGGUAGCCUAGCAGUUAAGAGCGUUCAGCCAGUAACCGGAAGGUUGCUGGUGUGAAUCCCCGAGCCGGCAAGGUGGACAAAUCUACCGUUCUGCCCAUGAGUAAGGCAGUUAACUAACAACAGCAACUGCUCCUCGGGCGCUGAUGACAUGGAUGGCACCUCUCUGAUUCAGUGUUAAAUGUGGAAGACACAUUUCGGGUGAAUCCAUUCAGUUUUGGAACUGACUAGUUAUCCUCCUUUCUUGCCUCUCUUUUCUAUGCACAAUACGUGUUCCAUCACCAUGUGUUUUGUCCGACUGGUAUGUCGGUUCUGUGUAUACUGUACAGUAGGUUAGAGAUUGGAGUUUGAUAAUCGUGACCAAACACUACUAAAAAAUGACUAGUUAUGACAGACCUACAAACGUGCAAAGAUACUGAAAUGUAAAUAUUGCAGAUGUUUGUGAUUUGUUUUCAUAGGUUAAUGAAGAUGCAUAGACUUUUUUUGUCCAAAAACAAUUGAAACCUUUUUUCAAUAAAGUUUUGUAAAAUGUAGUUUCUCCUGGCUGUCUUUGUAGGCCAAUUUAUGUUACUGUGUGACAAUAGUCAGGGUAAUACGUGAUGGCAUUACCCACACCAUGCAACUGCUAAAAUAUUAUUAGAGUGUCAGUCUCAGCAUUUAUCGCAUGAAUACACACAGUAGGAGUGUAGUUUACUGGAAGGAGGAGGACAGGGAAUUCACUCACGCGAUGAGUGACAGAUGCAGUUCAAGAUGUCCUGCAGUGGAGCAACGAGCAUUCUUAUCAUGAAAGUUUGCUUUUGAUAUAUAUUUUACUCACCUCCCACACAUUUCUCUGGAAACUGUUCUGUGGCGCUGAGGGAAACACAUUGGGACCACCUGCCUCACGUUCCUCAGUGGCACUCUUGUGUGGUACAGCAGCGUUACUUUCGUGUUAGUAAAAAAAUAGCGAUUCUUUCUUCAGAGCACUGACGGAGUUGCUACGGAGAAACCUAUGGACUCACCAUCAGACAGCGCGCACCCAGCCUUUUACAAGAGGAGCAGAUAAGAGCUGAGUUGGAGACAUGGCCUUUGUGUUGAGUCAACCUAACCAUGGGUCUCACAGCCUGGUAGUGUGUGGGUGCUACUACUAACAGAAAGGAACAUGGCAUUUGGGCCAUGUCUGGCAUGACGAUGAACAUGUUUAAGGUUGAGUCGGACUACAUUAACUGCACCAUCAGCCAUGAGAUCCACCAGUACCUGUUCUCUGGAGCCUACAUCCUGGUCCUUCUGAUCGGCGUGCCCACCAACGCCUUCUCCCUCUACCACGCCUGGCUGCAGCUGAGAGCCAAGAACGAGCUGGGGGUCUACCUGCUCAACCUGACCAUGUCGGACCUCCUCUACCUGGCCUCGUUGCCUCUCUGGCUGCAGUACAUCUUCCAGGGAGAUGACUGGAGCCAAACGGAGUGGCUGUGCCAACUGUGUGGCUUCCUGCUCUAUGAAAACAUCUAUAUUAGUAUAGGGUUCUUAUGUUGUAUCUCUAUAGACCGUUACCUGGCCGUGGUGUACCCGUUCCACUUCACAGCAUUCCGGAGCAUGCGGGCAGCUACAUUGGCCAGCGCGUUCAUCUGGCUGAAAGAGAUUGCCGUGGGCGUGGUCUUUUUCAGACACAAGGAACUAAGCACUGACCGCACCAACCAAUCGGUUUGCUUUGAGCACUACCCCAUGCAACCAUGGGAGUAUCCAAUUAACUACUACCGUUUCUCCGUUGGUUUCCUGUUCCCCCUGGGCAUCCUUUCCGUGUCGUAUUUCAGAGUCCUACGGGCAGUCAGGAAGAGCACUGGCACUCAGAGCGCACAGAAGACCCGCAUCAAGAACCUGGUGACCAGCACCAUUGUCAUAUUCCUGGUAUGUUUCUCUCCGUACCACGUGUUCCUGCUGCUGCGUACAGUCUUUGAGAGGGACUGCCCCUUCAUCAUCAGUAUCUUCAACUACUAUCACUUCUCCCUGCUGCUCACCAGCUUCAACUGUGUGGCUGACCCGGCGCUGUACUGCUUCGUCAGUGAGAGCGCCCAACAGGGGAUCCAGCAGGCCCAGGAGGCCUGUACCCAGGCCCUCUGCUGCAGCUGCCACAGGGGACAGCAUAGCCCUGUUACCGCCACCACCACGGGGACAGACUCCAACGAGGUGGCCACCUCCAACGAGAAGGGGACAACAACCGUCACACCGCUGACACAGAACCAGAUGAUCUAGCAGUAAUAUAAAUAAUACAUGGGUUUUAUAAAGUUCUUUGGAAGGACCUAGAGAUGCUUGAAUAGUAGUCUAGGAGCUGGAACCGGAUUUGGAUAAGAGGGAUGGUGGGAAAGAUACUGACAGUGACAUGGAACAUUCUGCAACGAGAUGUCAUUUAAAAAAGUGUUAUAGCAGUGCUACAACAGUGUUUUACGGUAAUGCUUUUUGUUUCUGCUUUCUUUUGAGAUGGUUUUGAACUCAAAACUAACUCUAUAUAGGCUAGCAAAUGUCUUCCUGUAACAUUUUGUUUCUAUCUCUCAUCACAUUAUUUAAUAUUAAUUCUCAGGGUUUCAAAUCCCAGAUGGUGAUUUCAGGAGUGACUGACUUCAUACCUAUCAGCACAGAUCAGACAUAUCAACACGUGACCUAAUAUAUCUCUAUCGUAGGUCCUCUACGAUUCUUGGGUUAGAUUCUUGCUGCUCAAUAUCUGUGAAUCGCUCCCAUUUCAGGGGUAUGUAAAGGAUUCCUCAACUUAGCUCAGAUUCAUAAAUGACACUGUGUGUAGAGCAUAAACAAAAAUGCAUACAAACAGUGAGCUCCAAAAGUAUUGGGGCAGUGACAAUUUCUGUAAUUCAGCAAUUUGGAUUUUAAAUCAUACCCCACCAAAAAUGAUAUUCUCCCCAGUUUAUUUGUAUUUAUUUUAUUUCACCUUUAUUUAACCAAGUAGGCUAGUUGAGAACAAGUUCUCAUUUGCAACUGCGACCUGGCCAAGAUAAAGCGUAGCAAUUCG